AUGGCCAAGCUGUUCUAUGGCCUUACAUGCAUCCAGCUGCGAAAGAUUGCAUUUGAUUAUGCAGAGGCUAACAAAAUUGCAAACAAUUUUGUUAAGUCAUCUAGUGGGGGUGGGGGUGGGGGAAGGGGGCCGUCGCCGACGGGCAGUGGGGGUGGGGGUGGGGGAAGGGGGCCGUCGCCGACGGGCAGUGGGGGUGGGGGUGGGGGAAGGGGGCCGUCGCCGACGGGCAGUGGGGGUGGGGGGCGGAGGGCCGUCGCCGACGGGCAGUGGGGGUGGGGGGCGGAGGGCCAGUCGCCGACGGGCAGUGGGGGUGGGGGGCGGAGGGCCAGUCGCCGACGGGCAGUGGGGGUGGGGGGCGGAGGGCCAGUCGCCGACGGGCAGUGGGGGUGGGGGGCGGAGGGCCAGUCGCCGACGGGCAGUGGGGGUGGGGGGCGGAGGGCCAGUCGCCGACGGGCAGUGGGGGUGGGGGGCGGAGGGCCAGUCGCCGACGGGCAGUGGGGGUGGGGGGCGGAGGGCCAGUCGCCGACGGGCAGUGGGGGUGGGGGGCGGAGGGCCGUCGCCGACGGGCAGUGGGGGUGGGGGGCGGAGGGCCGUCGCCGACGGGCAGUGGGGGUGGGGGGCGGAGGGCCGUCGCCGACGGGCAGUGGGGGUGGGGGGCGGAGGGCCGUCGCCGACGGGCAGUGGGGGUGGGGGGCGGAGGGCCGUCGCCGACGGGCAGUGGGGGUGGGGGGCGGAGGGCCGUCGCCGACGGGCAGUGGGGGUGGGGGGCGGAGGGCAGUCGCCGAGGGGCAGUGGGUUGGGGGGCGGAGGGCAGUCGCCGAGGGGCAGUGGGUUGGGGGGCGGAGGGCAGUCGCCGAGGGGCAGUGGGUUGGGGGGCGGAGGGCAGUCGCCGAGGGGCAGUGGGUUGGGGGGCGGAGGGCAGUCGCCGAGGGGCAGUGGGUUGGGGGGCGGAGGGCAGUCGCCGAGGGGCAGUGGGUUGGGGGGCGGAGGGCAGUCGCCGAGGGGCAGUGGGUUGGGGGGCGGAGGGCAGUCGCCGAGGGGCAGUGGGUUGGGGGGCGGAGGGCAGUCGCCGAGGGGCAGUGGGUUGGGGGGCGGAGGGCAGUCGCCGAGGGGCAGUGGGUUGGGGGGCGGAGGGCAGUCGCCGAGGGGCAGUGGGUUGGGGGGCGGAGGGCAGUCGCCGAGGGGCAGUGGGUUGGGGGGCGGAGGGCAGUCGCCGAGGGGCAGUGGGUUGGGGGGCGGAGGGCAGUCGCCGAGGGGCAGUGGGUUGGGGGGCGGAGGGCAGUCGCCGAGGGGCAGUGGGUUGGGGGGCGGAGGGCAGUCGCCGAGGGGCAGUGGGUUGGGGGGCGGAGGGCAGUCGCCGAGGGGCAGUGGGUUGGGGGGCGGAGGGCAGUCGCCGAGGGGCAGUGGGUUGGGGGGCGGAGGGCAGUCGCCGAGGGGCAGUGGGUUGGGGGGCGGAGGGCAGUCGCCGAGGGGCAGUGGGUUGGGGGGCGGAGGGCAGUCGCCGAGGGGCAGUGGGUUGGGGGGCGGAGGGCAGUCGCCGAGGGGCAGUGGGUUGGGGGGCGGAGGGCAGUCGCCGAGGGGCAGUGGGUUGGGGGGCGGAGGGCAGUCGCCGAGGGGCAGUGGGUUGGGGGGCGGAGGGCAGUCGCCGAGGGGCAGUGGGUUGGGGGCGGAGGGCAGUCGCCGAGGGGCAGUGGGGCGGGGGCGGAGGGCAGUCGCCGAGGGGCAGUGGGGCGGGGGCGGAGGGCAGUCGCCGAGGGGCAGUGGGGCGGGGGAGGAGGGCAGUCGCCGAGGGGCAGUGGGGCGGGGGAGGAGGGCAGUCGCCGAGGGGCAGUGGGGCGGGGGAGGAGGGCAGUCGCCGAGGGGCAGUGGGGCGGGGGAGGAGGGCAGUCGCCGAGGGGCAGUGGGGCGGGGGAGGAGGGCAGUCGCCGAGGGGCAGUGGGGCGGGGGAGGAGGGCAGCCGCCGAGGGGCAGUGGGGCGGGGGAGGAGGGCAGCCGCCGAGGGGCAGUGGGGCGGGGGAGGAGGGCAGCCGCCGAGGGGCAGUGGGGCGGGGGAGGAGGGCAGCCGCCGAGGGGCAGUGGGGCGGGGGAGGAGGGCAGCCGCCGAGGGGCAGUGGGGCGGGGGAGGAGGGCAGCCGCCGAGGGUCAGUGGGGCGGGGGAGGAGGGCAGCCGCCGAGGGGCAGUGGGGCGGGGGAGGAGGGCAGCCGCCGAGGGGCAGUGGGGCGGGGGAGGAGGGCAGCCGCCGAGGGGCAGUGGGGUGGGGGAGGAGGGCAGCCGCCGAGGGGCAGUGGGGUGGGGGAGGAGGGCAGCCGCCGAGGGGCAGUGGGAGUACUACUAAUACAAAGCUCAUGUACUCUGUCCUGCUGGUUGCUAAGAAUGACUCUGAUAAUACUUAG